AUGGCGACGUUGAAGGAGAGCUAUGCCGCGUCGUGCAUGGAGAUCCAGAGCCUCAGGUCCGCCAAGAAGACUUCAAAGGGGUCUAAGCCUCGCAAUAUCUGUGGCGUCCCCAGGAUGCAAGAUCUGGACGGCGAUGUGUUCGAGACUCCGGUGAAUCGUGCUGAUCCUGAAGAUGUUGAUGAUUCGGAAAAGGAAGACGCCGACGGCGGCGAAAAUAACGGCACUGGUCCUCCAAAGGGGCCCGUCGAAGGCCGUCUUGAUGAUCCUAUCCAGCAGCGUCUUCAGCAAUUAGAAGACAUGAUCGCUCGUAUCCCUGACAUCCCCCGACCCAUGGAAAAAGCUACUCCUAACAGUUAUGCUGAUUCCCCUUUUGCAGAUCCUAUUGCAUUGAUUGAGGUGCCCAAGCGAUUCUCCGUCCCAUCCAUGAAGCUGUAUGAUGGCACCACCGAUCCCAAUGAUCAUGUCGCACAAUACAAGCAAAGGAUGAUCACCAUCUCGAUCCCGAAAAAUAUGCGAGAAGCAUGCAUGUGCAAGGGCUUUGGAUCGACGUCGACCGGUCCAGCACUACAGUGGUUCAAUAAUCUCGAUAACGGGAUUAUUUCUUCUUUUGCUCAAUUAGUCAAUACUUUUAAUAUGCAAUUUGCUAGCAGCCGCAAAAUGGAAAAGCAAGCUAGCGAUUUGCACAGGAUUGUGCAAAAAUCUGACGAGUCUCUCAAAGAAUUGGUGAACAAGUUUAACAGGGAAAAGGUGUCUAUUCCAAAUUGCGACGCCCGGACGGCUAUCGAAGCUUUCAGGCGUGGCCUAGAUGAGGAGUCCGACCUCUACAAGGAGCUGACAAAAUAUCCCUGUCCGACAUUCGAAGAUGCCCAAGCCAAGGCCUUGGCCCAAAUCAGGCUGGAGGAGGACAUGCAGUCCAGAAAGGCUUAUGCUAAUGUUGACAGCUGGAAAGCAGCGUCCAACAAGCAAGCGUCAUGGCGUCAAAAGCCUUACGAGCCCCCGCAGCAGGUCCAUAGCGUCCGUCAUGUCGGGUCGGCCAGCGACUGGAAAAAUGAUCCUGGCCUCCCCCCCAAGCUAAGCGAAUAUGGUUUCAACGUCACCAUGGGAGGUAUCAUUAAUACUUUAUAUUCUUUAGGUUCUGCUGUUAAAUGGCAUUUCAGGAACGAAAAACAGACGACCCAUCGCGACAAAUCUAAAUGGUGCGAGUUUCAUGGAGACCAUGGACAUCAUACUGACGAAUGCGUCGCCUUGAGGCGGGAGGUGUCCCACCUGCUGAAGCAAGGAUAUCUUAAGGACCUGUUGACGGAGAAAGGGAAGCAGACGGUGUCAAAAAAUGACGACCGACGUCAGCCGCCGUCAUCACCACCCCAUGUCAAGGUAAUUAAUGUUAUUAGCGGUGGUUCAGAUAUUUGUGGAAUAACAUACUCUGCAGCCAAACGACAUGCACGAGAUGGCCCAAAUCAGGACGCCGUCCCAAAGGAACUCCAUCACCCCCGUGACGCUGAGUUGGAGGCUAUGCCAAUCACUUUUGAUGACGCCGAUCUCGGCGACGACAGGGACAUACAUCACGAUGGUCUGGUAAUAUCUCUAACUGUCAGUAUUUGCUUACUUAAACGUGUGUUAGUGGACAAUGGCAGUUUAGCAAACAUCUUAAUGAGAGGCGCUCUAGAGGACAUGGGAAUCGAUGAGCGUGACGUUGUCCGAAAGUCUACUGUCCUAAUAGGAUUCAGUGGGGAGUCCAAGCAUACUAUGGGAGAGGUGACUCUGCCAACCUUCGCCAAGGGAGUUAAUAUGCCAACUAAAUUUUAUGUCAUUGACUGCCGUUCCCCUUAUAAUGUGAUUUUAGGCAGGCCAUGGAUCCAUAGCAUGACGGCUGUCCCCUCAUCGUUCCAUCAAUCUUUAAAGUUCCCCACAAAAUGGGGAGUGCAAGAGAUCAAAGGGGACAGACGGAUCGUCAGAGAAUGUUACAAGACGUCUCUCAAACCCAGGAAAGCAGAAGCAUAG